GGCCACCGUCUCUGUCAGCAAUAAUGGAGUCAACUGGAAAAAUAUUAGAACUUAAUUAAUUAUUUUUUAGUUUUAAUUAAAUAAACCACUAACUUUUUGUAAAGCUGACAUUUUUGCGUUAAUACGUUAAUGUGAAGGAAGAAAAAAAACUUUACAUCAACAGCUGUUAAUGACAUAACAUUUACCUGUAGUAUGUUCAGUGUUUGAAUUCCGGGUUAACAAUUUAUUUAGAUUGGCAAAUGUCAUUUAGUAAUAAGAAGCAGAAUUAUUACAAGAAAAAACUGUGUUUUUCUAAUAUUGUUUGUUAAGUUGAUUUUUUUAUAUUAAUUUUCUAUUAAAGUUUCUAAAGAAUUUAUAUACAAAUGUUAAAUAUUCAUACAGUUGCUAAUAAUUUAUGUGAAAGAUAUAAAUUUAUCUUAAUAAUUCUAUAAUUUUCUCAAAAGAAAAUAAGAAAUAUUUUAUGUUACUUUUGGCCAAUAGUAGCAGCUAUUGUUUUUAAUAAUGGAACAAGAAAUCGGUACGUGGGAUUCGGUAUUAUUGGAAAAUCUUUCUGAAGAUAGUUUCAUUAAUAAUAUACAUCAGCGAUAUAAACGUGAUCAUAUUUAUACCUACAUUGGCACCUCAGUCGUUGCAGUAAAUCCAUAUCAUCACAUAUCAGAACAUUCGUUGGAAUUAAUACGCAAUUAUGGCAGUAAGGGUAUUUUUCAAUUGCCGCCACAUAUAUAUGGUUUGUCAAAUCUGGCCUUUCAAUCCCUUAAGGAUCAAAGUGAAGACCAGUGUAUUUUAUUAACAGGUGAGAGUGGUUCUGGUAAAACAGAAUCUUUUAAAAUGAUUGUAAAUUUCUUAACACACAUACAAGAAAGAUCGAAAGAAUCAACAAGCUCUCAACGAAAACAAACUACUGCCAGUUCAACAGCCGGCGCAGCUGUUGCUAGCGGUUGUUCAGUGGUUGCCAGCCACAAACAUCGUCGUACCUCUAGCUCUUGUUCUGUCGGUCCAUCGCCGAAUUAUAUGCUUUGCAAAAAUUCUUCAGCUACGGCUAGUACCACUACUAGCUUGUCAAUGCAACGACGACAGUCGCCUUCACCAGGUCCGACAGCACGAAGAUGUGACAUAGCAUUGCAGCAUCGUUCACGGGCAGAUAGUACAGAGCGUCAGGCUAAAUGUUCAAAUGUGCGAGAAAAAAUGGUUGAGUUUGAUUUUUCACAUCACAAAAGUAGUGAGAAUAUAACAACUAUUGAUAGUUCAUACACCACAGCUGCAUCGGUUCACUACAGUCAAGCGCAACAGGGUACAGCAUCGGCAUUAAACCUAUCGCCACAUCCUACAAAAUCAUGUUUUAAACAUCAUCAAUCAACGCAAGUACCCUGCAAUACUGCCACUCCCUUAAAAUCAACAUUAUCAACGACUUCUUCAUCUUCAUAUGCUCGAAGUGCUUCGCCGAAAUAUCUGACAGGUUCCAACGCCGGAGGUUGUCGACAAUGUGGUCAUAGUAAAUGUACAAGAGCGCAAAGUUUCGAUAGAGAUGAACCAGAUUUCGGUUUUCAAAAACCCUCCGGAAGUCGUAGUUUAUCUGCUUAUCCCUCUGUACAACUACAACGUGGCAGUUGUUCGAAUCUUGUGCGUCAAACCUCAACCGAAAGUUAUACACGUGAUGAGCGUCUCUCACUAAUGGGUUCCAUGCAACGCAUUUCUCUUUAUGAUGCACAUAAAUUGAAUCAAACAUCUGCACAAAAAUCUCCAUCUUCAUCAUCGUCAACAAGAAAAUACAAAAGUCCUUCAAAAAGAUUAAGGGAGUGUGUAUCAUAUGCAGAUGUGUUCCUCGAGGCCAUGGGUAAUGCAGCAACUCAUAAGAAUAAUAAUUCGAGUCGUUAUGGAAAAUUAUUUGAUAUUGAAAUUGAUUUUAAAGGAGAUCCUAUUGGUGUUCAUAUUACACAUUAUAUGUUGGAAAAGACUCGUGUAACAAAUACCGCAAUAGGAGAAAGAAAUUUUCAUAUAUUUUAUCAAUUGUUAUUGGGUGGUGACUUGCAAUUGUUAAAGUCCUUAAAAUUAUAUCGUAAUGUGGAAAAAUAUGAAAUUUUGAAAAAUACAACUGCCAUUGAAGAAGAUCGCACUAAUUUCCAUUAUACAAAGAAAUCUUUAGAGGUUCUUGGUCUAUCAUGUGAUGAAAUAAAUGCCAUUUUUCGUGUUAUAGCUGUUGUCCUUAAAUUAGGUAAUUUUAUUUUUGUACCGGUUACAAAUAUAGAUGGCACUGAAGGUUGUCAAAUAUCAAAUAUUUACGAAGUACAAGAAACUGCUCAUUUACUUAAUUUGGAAGCUCAAAUUUUAACUAAUUGCCUUACAAGAGCAAGCUGCUCAAAUAGUACACAGGAAGAUGUGGGUUGCGAACUAGAUGCUCGUCAAGCAUCUAUUGUCCGCAACACCUUGUGUCGUACACUCUAUGGACGACUCUUCACUUGGCUGGUGAAUAAAAUCAAUGAGAGCCUUAAAUCAACACAACGUGAAAAGAAUUUAGCUUUAUUAGAUUUUUAUGGUUUUGAAUUAAUGGAUAAUAACUCGUUCGAACAGUUCGCUAUCAACUAUAGUGCCGAAAAAAUCCAUCAAAAUUUUGUACACAACGUGCUCAGGGUUGAACAGGAGCUGUACGCGCGCGAGGGUCUUGAGUGGUCGCGUAUAGAUUAUUUUGAUAAUGAAUCAAUAUGUGAACUAAUUGAUAAACCGAACUAUGGUAUAUUAAGUUUAAUUAACGAACCACAUCUAACCACCAAUGAAGCUCUACUGCUGCGCAUACAACAGUGUUGUGCUGGUCAUCCGAAUUUUAUGAUUUCACAGCCGAAUUCCAUGUCAUUUCGUAUACGUCACUAUGCGAAUGUCGUUCAGUAUUCGGUACAACGUUUUCUGGAGAAGAACUCCGAUAUGCUGCCAAAAUAUAUAAGUUCAGCUUUAUAUCAAAGUAAACUGCCACUCGUACAAAGUCUUUUUCCCGAAGGGAAUCCACGAAGACAGGCCACUAAAAAACCCACCACUUUAAGUUCCAAUAUACGCACUCAAUUACAAACUUUACUCGCCAUAGUUAAGCCAAGACGUUCGCAUUAUGUAUUCUGUAUAAAGCCCAACGAAUGCCGCCAGCCGAAAAGUUUCGAUAUGGCUUUAGUACAACAUCAAGUUCGCUACAUGUCUCUGAUGCCACUGGUCAAUUUGUGUCGUCAAGGGCAUUGUUUUCAUAUGUCUCAUGCCAAAUUCUUUUUGCGCUAUAAACUCCUAAACAAUACGACCUGGCCUCAUUAUCUCGGUGGCACUUGUGUUGAGGGUAUCGCUGUCAUUAUACGUAAUCUUCCACUGCCAUCAGCUGAAUUUACAAUUGGCACAAAAAACGUUUUUGUACGCAGUCCUCGUACGGUUUAUGAACUGGAACAAUUUCGUCGUGCACGCAUGAAUGAAUUGGCCGUUUUGAUACAGACCACAUUUCGUAUGUACAAGGAGAGACGUUUAUUUUUGCGCAUGCGUGAAAGUCAAAUUGUGAUAUCAAGUGCAUGGCGAACCUGGAGGGAAUGCCGGUUUGGUAUUCCCUUUACUGGACGCAGACAUUUAUGGAGCCUUUAUCGUAUAGCCCGUGAAGAAUAUCGUAAUAUGCGUUAUAAACGACAAAUUAAAUGGGCUGUAGAUGUUAUAUCACGUUAUUAUUUACGCUGGAAAAUACGUCAAUAUUUCCUAACCAUACCGCUAAGAUUACCACCAAAUACUUUGAGUCCGCUAUCAAUGGAUUGGCCUACAGCACCAAAAUUCUUAAACGAAACAUCGCGGCUGCUACGUGCCAUUUAUCAUCGUUGGAAAUGUUAUAUAUAUCGCAAUUCAUUUGAUCAAACAUCUAGGAAUCGUAUGCGUGAAAAAGUUACCGCCAGUAUAAUAUUUAAAGAUCGUAAAGCAUCCUAUCCCAGAAGUGUGCCUCAUCCAUUUAUUGGAGAUUAUGUACGUUUAAGACACAAUCAACAGUGGAAGAAAAUGUGUGUGGAAACAAAUGAUCAAUAUGUUGUAUUUGCUGAUAUUAUCAAUAAAAUUACCCGAUCGAGUGGAAAGAUUGUGCCUAUUUUAUUAGUUUUAUCAACUUCAUCUUUAUUGCUUUUGGAUCAAAGAACUUUACAAAUUAAAUAUCGUGUACCGGCUGCUGAAAUUUAUCGCAUGUCUUUAAGUCCUUAUCUUGAUGAUAUUGCCGUGUUUCAUGUUAAAGCUUCUGAAUUUGGACGUAAAAAGGGAGAUUUUGUAUUUCAAACAGCUCAUGUUAUCGAAAUCGUUACGAAAAUGUUUUUAGUUAUACAAAAUGCUACUGGAAAACCUCCGGAAAUACACAUAAGUACAGAAUUUGAAGCAAAUUUUGGACAACAAACGGUUAUUUUCAAUUUUAAAUAUGGUGGCAUGUCGAAUUUAGCACAAGGACCUCCAAAAGUUACUAGAAAAGCUAAUCGCAUGGAAAUUAUUGUAUGAUCCGCAACAAAAACGUAUCGCUGGACUUCAAUGACUUUUUUAAAUGCCUAUGAGCUGGAUGCUAUGGCAGAUUAAAUUAUUAUAAUACACAAAUAAAAUCUUACACCAAAACGUAAACCUUCUUCCACUCCCUAAAUACAGCAACAAAAACAAAAACAACAACCAAAAACUGACAAUCAUACAGAUGCAGUUGAUCAUAUACAUAAUAAAUAAAUUAUUAAAAUAAAUAUUUAAAAAAAUGUUUGAAAUUAAACAAACUGAAACAUAUUGUUUCAAAAUUUGUUAUAAACGUGUGCCAAAUGAAAUAUUAAUGGAAUAACUUAAAAGGCAACCAAAAAAUUAAAAAAAAAACAACUACUUUUUAUCCUUAAAUAAAUUUUAUACAUAUUUUAUUAAAUAAGUUUUUAAAUAAUAAUUUUUGAAAUUUAAUUUAAUUUAUUUUUAAUAUUUUAUGAGUUAAGAAAACUAAAAAAAUAUAAAAUUAUGUUUCAAUUUGUAUCCUACCAAAAGGCAUUUAAAUUAUAUUAAGUUUUAUGAUUUCUCUAUUACAACUUUAAGGCAAUAGUUUUUCUUCCAACCGGUUUCACAAAAAAAAAAGAAACUAAAUUUAAAUCAACAAAAUCUUAAUCUUACUUACUAAACGCAUAUUCUUCAUGCUAAAUAAAAACAUUUUUUCAUUCCUUAAACUUUUUACAAACCACCUUCUAAUAUUUUUCACUUUACUACAAACAUAUUGAAAAUAAAAAAAAACGAAGAAAAAUCAACACAUAUUUACAAUAAUUGCAAACGGAACAAUAUUUGAAUACACAAAAACCUUAAAACAAAUCUCAAUAAAUAAACUUAUUAUACUUACUGUUAUUUAAAAAAAAAUUAAAAACUCUUUAAAAACAAUGAAAAUAAGAUGUUUCAUUAGUUUUAAUAACAAAUUAUUUAUAAACAAAUCAAUAUCUUCAAUUUGUUAUUAAAGCUUCUGAAAAAUCUGAAUUUCCAAAAAUUGAAUUUAAAUUAAUAGAAAAAUACUUUGAAAUUAAAAAAAUAUCUAUCUAUAUACAACAAAAAGAAUAAAUACCAUACAAUUUAUUAACAAAGAAAACAUUUAAAUAAAAUAUUUAUUAAUUAUUAUCAUAAAAAAACAGAAAUUAAUAAACAAAAUUCACAACAAAUAUCUGCCUAUAUAAAAUUAGUGAAAAGAAAAACAAUUGAAAUAAAAUCAAACUUAUUUAAUAUUUACUGUUUAGGUAAAUUCAUGUUUAAGGAAAGUAGUAAAUUUUUUUGUUGUAUUUAGAAAGAAAACGAAUUAUAAGAAGAAAAAUAACUAAAUAUUUAGUAAUAUUUGAAUUAUUUUUUAAAUUAUUAGUUUAUAGUUAAAAAUUUGAAAAAGAAAUAAAUAAUGAAAACUCUAUAUAUAUAUUUAGCUCAUAUAUAUUUAAAUAUUAUCAUGUUAACACUAAUAACAUUCAUAGUUUAUUAAAAUAACUAAAAAACAAAGAAAUAAACAAGUAAUAGAUUUUAUGUAAUAAAUUAAAAUGAAAGAUACUUUUAAGUAAAAGAAUUAUUAAAUGAAAUUAAAAAGGAAUAAAAACAAUAAACAUGUCUU